AUGUUAAUAUUAAAACCUUAUCAAAUUAUAUAUUUAUCGAAAUUUUUAGUAAAAAAUUCAAUACGAAAAAAUUUCAUAUUUUCGAAAAAUUUCGUUACAAUUUCUGCACGAAAUCCGGAUCAUCCAAAAUAUGAUGUUAUAGUAGUUGGUGGUGGUCACGCCGGUUCAGAAGCGUGUGCUGCUGCUGCUCGUACUGGAGCUAAAACUUUGCUUGUUACUCAAAGACUUGACACCAUUGGAGAAAUGUCUUGUAAUCCAUCAUUUGGAGGGAUUGGGAAAGGAAUAUUAAUUAAAGAAAUUGAUGCUCUAGACGGACUAUGUGGAAAGAUAUCUGAUUUUUCUGGAAUACAAUUUCAUAUCUUGAAUCGUUCAAAAGGUCCAGCUGUACAUGGACCAAGAGCUCAAAUUGAUAGAAAACUAUAUAAAAAACACAUGCAAGAAUGUUUAUUCAGUUAUCCAAAUCUUACAAUAAAGGCUGCAAGUGUCCUUGAUCUUGUGAUGACGCAUAAUCCAAUAGUUUUCAGUGAAGUAGGAAGUCAAAACCAUAUUCAUGGAGAAGUUAAAGGAAUAAAAUUGGAUUCAGGAGACAUAAUAUUUGCACCAAAAGUUAUUCUUACAACUGGAACUUUUCUUCAGGGUGAAAUUCAUAUCGGUAGAAUAGUGUAUCCUGCAGGAAGAUACCAAGAAGCUCCUUCACUUGGACUUUCUAAAACUCUAGAAUUGGCAGGGUUUAAACUCGGUCGACUAAAAACAGGAACACCACCACGGUUAGAUGGUCGAACAAUAAAUUAUAAAAACUUAAUACCACAGUAUGGGGAUGUUCCUGCAACACCAUUUUCUUAUUUACAUACUUCUGUUCCUCACGAGUCUUGGUUUGAAAAUAACACAGAUCAUAAGUAUAUAUAUGGUCUUAACAAAGAAUCUAAUCCAGAUUUAAUGAGAUUCAAAGAUAAACAAAAUCACAUCAUAUGGCUUGAACCUGAAGGUCUUGAUACAAAUGUAGUAUAUCCAAAUGGAAUAUCUGUAACAUUGCCUGAAGAUGUUCAAUACCAAAUGUUAAGAACCAUUCAAGGAUUGGAGAAUGUGAUUAUGAUAAGACCAGAAUAUGAUCAUGUUGAUCCACGCGAGCUAAAGCCGACUCUAGAGACUCAUCGUAUAAAAGGGCUAUAUAUGGCAGGACAGAUUAAUGGAACCACAGGCUAUGAGGAAGCUGCUGCUCAGGGUAUUAUAGCUGGAAUAAAUGCUGCUUUGUCGGUCCAAAACAAACCCACAUUUAUGCUUGAUCGUGCAGAUGCAUACAUUGGAGUUUUGAUAGACGAUUUGACAACCAAGGGUGUUGAAGAACCAUAUAGAGUGUUUACUGCUAGAUCGGAGUAUAGAUUGUCACUUAGAGCUGAUAAUGCUGAUAUACGACUUACUCAUAAAGGAUAUCAAGCGGGAUGUGUGUCCAAAUAUCGAUAUGACAUGUAUCAACAAACAGAAGAGCAACUUCAUAGGGGAACAAAAUUAUUAAAAGAUUAUGUGUUGCCUCCACAAAAAUGGAAUGAAUUAGGGGUUAAAGUUUGUUUGGACGGAUAUGUAAGAAGUGCAAAUGACAUGUUAGGAUCUCGUCAUGUAACAAUUUCCGACCUUAUGCACAUAAUUCCUGAGUUAUCUAAAAUUGGAUCAUCCAUCCAACAAAGAUUAUUCAUUGCAGCUAUAUAUAAGGAAUAUCUAGAAAAGCAAGAAAUUGAAGUUCAAUCAUUCAAAAAAGAUGAAGAAAUAAUUAUACCCGAGGAUUUGAAUUAUGAUAU